GGAAGGUCCGGGGGAUAUGGAGUUCUGUUGGGACGUGUUAAUAAGCCUGACGUGUGCACCGGACCCACCUACACGGCCGAGGAGAGGGCGAGCGGGCGCUGUGACAUCCGAGUGCGGAGUCUGCAGAGACCGGCACAGCCUCCCGAGGCCCGGGUAUCCUCAGCAUCACUGAGUGACACCUCGGGGCACAGCGUGUGCCGCCUUCCCUUCUACAAAAGGCUGGAUUCGCGGGUACCACGUUAUCUGAGAGCAGAGAAGAAUGGGAAGAAAGAAGUCGUCCCGCCACCGAGACACCUGCGUUCCUGGGCCCUCGAGCACUUACAUGCUGUUCUUCAGAGAGGAGAGCUUUCCUAAUUUACAACGUGGUCCUGGGGAUUACGGCCGGUGCCGCAGGGAGACACACAUUCUCCAGUUGGCCGGACAUGGUGCUGGAGUGAAGCCAGUCCAUCAGGCUGAAGGGACGGAGGGGCUACCAGGCCCAGCAUCCGCCAACCCCACCCCCGCUUCCCCACAGAGGAGACGCUCAGCCUGUGGGGCAGCGAGCCCAGGGGCCCACGAUCAGCUGCUUGGUCAGCAGAGGCAGUUCCUAAACAUGACUGCGGCUGGACGCCUGCACUCACGUCAGGGCCACAUCUCUGCACUGGCCACGGGGAUGGGCGUCUCAGAAUGGACUCGAGAGGCCCAGCGGGACCCUGAACUGGGGGCCCCGGGGAGAGCGGCCGAGAGCGAGCCAGGUGCUGCCUGCAGUGCACAGGGCAUCUCGACGCGUCACAGACAGCGGACCCAACAGGCGGAGUGGACGCCGUGGAGUGGACGGGGCAGCAGGAGUCUCUGUGGCGCGUGCGGGCAGAGCAGCCAGACUGCAGCUGGUCCAGAGCCAGAGCUGUUGGGAGGCUGACACAAAGAUUUCUGGG